AGAAAACCCCUUCUAUUUUUCAAUCUUCUGCUGAUUUUGCUAACUGUGACAGGCACAAUUUAAAUUUCAACUGUCCCUUUUUCUUCUCUGUUGUCCUUUUUCUAAUUCUUUGAGUGUGCUUUCCUUGAUUUCUCAGUUUCAGUAUUUUGCAAGUUUCAGGUUGUUCCUCUUUUGUGGCUCUCCACACAUUUUUUUUUUUCCCUUUCUGAAAGUUUUCCUCAAAUGCCUUGGUCAAUCCUUGGCAUAUGCAUCAGUCCACAUGGGCAAGCAGAACAAAACAUCACAGAGUGUCUGGCUAACACUAGGAAUUUAUUUUCUCACAGCUAGAAGUACAAGGUCGAGGCAUUGGCAGGGUGGGCUCCACGUAAAGCCUCUCUUCUUGACUCACAAAUGGCCCCCUUCUUGACCAACCCUCACAUGUCCUUUUCUCUGCACAUGUUUCCUGGCUAUCUUCUAAGGUCACCAGUCCUACAGGAUCAGGACCCAUCCUAUGAGCUCAUUUCAUCUUAAUCACUUCCCUAAAGGAGGUUAAAAUUAAAAGAUUAAAAAUGACCUCUUUCACAAAAAUGGUCACAUUGUGGUUAAUGAUUUGACAUGAUUUUGGAGAGUUGUGAUUCAGUCCAUAUCAGCAUUCCAUUCCAAUUGAAAAGCAGGACAAAAAAGCUAUUGGACAGUCUGAGUAUUGGAGCAGGUAUCUGCAGAGGAACUAGCAUUUGUGGAAAGCUCUACAACAGUGGUUUUCAACCUAUGGGUCACAGCCCCUUUGGGGGUUGCAUAUCAGAUGUCCUGCAUACAUUACAAUUCAUGAACAGUAAUUCAAUUAUAGUUAUGUGUUAUGUGUUAAGUGUUAUGGAAGGUUGAGAACCACUGACCUAGAGCCUCAGCAUAUUAGUCUUCCCCUGGGCCCAUCUCCUUUUAGAGCAGCUCUCCCAUGGGCUGUGCCUCUGUAGUUCAUUGAUCCUGCCUGGACUUUCCUGUGCACUGGGGUGAAAGCACCCCUCUUCUGGUUACAAGUGCAUGGACUUGCCAAGGCCCUGCUCACUCCUACCCUGAGCUGCUCAAGCAGCCGCUCAACCUGCUUCUGCUUCAUAGCCCUCGCACUUCCAACUCAGGCUGUGAUCGCCUGUCUCCUUCCAAAAUGUGAGCUCACGGCCAAUAACCUUGUCUUGAAAGUACUGUGAAAAUCUCAUCUGCCUUGGCUCUGGAUGUGGUUCAGUUGGUAGACUUUUUCUAGCAUGCUUUUUCUAGUACUGGGUUUGGUCCCCAGUACCAUAUAAAACCAGGCAUGGUAACCCAUUCCUGUAAUCUCAGCACUCAGAAGAAUCAAAAGCUCAAGGUCAUCCUUGGCUACAAAGUGAGUUUGAGGCCAACCUGAACUACAUGAGACCCUGUCUAAAACAAAACAAAAAUAACAAAAAACCUUACUUGUAUUUAUGCCCCCAACCUACAAUAACAAAAGUGUUUAGCUUUGUUUUUAUUCACAGUUGAGUCAAAAAGACGAUACAGACACACGCAUGGGAGACCACUGCCAUUGAAAGAAAUCUCUUAAUAUACAGUAGUAUCAUAAAUGCUCCAUGUGCAUCACCAGGUUCUGCUGAUCUGAGUCUGCCACAUGUGCUGCAGGACUUCUCAGAAGCCAGCACUAAGAAUGCAGCAGGUUCUGCAUUUUCCUCUUGGCAGGCUGGAGCUGCUGGACACUGUGUACAUCAUCUGCUCACAGGUCUCCCCAAGCAUCUACUGCAUAUGAGUGACCAUAAGCAGGAACACUAUUCAUCAUGUUCUGCAAAACACACUAUGCCCUGCUUCUCUCUCUCUCUCUCUCUCUCUCUCUCUCUCUCUCUCUCUCUCUCUCUCUCUCUCUCUCUCUCUCUCUGUCCGUCCACAUGGGAGGUGCACAUGCAUGUGAGUACUCAUGUGUAUUGAGGCCUGAGGUCAACGCUGGGUAUCAUUCCCUGACACUUUCCUCGUUUAUCCUUUGAAACAGGGCCUCUCACUGAACCUGAAGUUCAGUAAUUUGUCUAGGCUAGCUGGCCAGUGAGCUUCAGGGUCGCUUCCUGCUCCUCACUAUGGGUUCAAAAUCUGCUGCUGACAGCUCUAGCUGAUUGAUUUCACCAUUGGACAGCCUCAUUUUAGCAAUUCUGCUGAGAAAAGCUUUAGUUGUAUUUGACUGGGAAUGUCAAUGUCACUAUGGAGACAUUCAGGAUAGGCGUUCAUAUCCAUCCAUCACUGGUUAGAACCCAAACCACUCAGUCCAUUUAUGGUCCCCUCAGCAGUGGACCACCGUGCUCAUGUCUCUCUUCAGCAUACAACAUGGCAUGCUUUUACAUUUCAGUCUGACUGGUGUCUGGUCAGAGUUUUAGAGAGCUACACUAUCUCUCCAAGUGGGCUGGGCAGGCAUAAGAGAUGGAUAAUGCUCUUUUGUGUUAUCUCCUUCUCUCCUUGAGCUCCCCACUCAGUGGUAGGGCAAAGAAGACUUUAAAUUAUGCUGCCUGUUUCAUACUGACCCAUCCGGAUGCUGAUCCUAUGGAUAUAUGUGGGAAGAAUUUUUGUGACAGCAAAGAGAUAAACUUUAUAUAUUCUAAAAGUAUCAAAGUGAUUGUUUUUAAAACACUGAAAACAGAAUUUUAGCCACAUGGAUGAUUCAAACACCACUAAGUUAUCUAAUACAGCUUCUCUUACAAUGAUCUUGUUUAGGAAAAUUGGAAUUUAAAAAUGUGCACUCCACAAUGAAGACUAUCAUAGCUCAGUGUUUAUUAUGUGGAUCCAUGGCCUUCGGGCUCUGGACUGCUCUGUUAAUGGCAUAUUUUCACUACAAUCAAGAGAAUAAACCACUGAAGAAAACCCAGGAACCUAUCAAGGCUAGCUCACUUGGAAAAAAUGUGUACCAGCAAAACCAUGACUUAAAGGAAACUCCCAAACAGAAAGUUAUUCAUGAUAAGAUUGACUUUUUAGAGCCAGAAUUUCACCAAGAAUUUGAGCAAUAUGGACUUAAUGCUGUUAUCAGUAGAAGACUGGGCAUCGUGAGAGAGGUGCCAGAUUCCAGGGAUAAAAUAUGUCAUCAGAAACGCUACCCAUUCACUCUACCCACUGCCAGCAUCAUCAUAUGCUUUCAUAAUGAAGAAUUUCACACCUUGCUUAGAACAGUGUCUAGUGUGAUGAAUCUCACUCCACACCACUUCCUUGAAGAAAUAAUUUUGGUUGAUGACAUGAGUGAAAUUGAUGAUUUGAAAGAAAUAUUGGACUAUCAGCUGGAACUUUUUCGUGGGAAGAUUAAAUUAAUAAGAAACAAAAAGAGAGAGGGUUUCAUUAGAUCAAGGAUGAUUGGUGCCUCCCGCGCUUCAGGGGACAUCCUGGUAUUCUUGGAUAGCCACUGUGAGGUGAAUAAAGUCUGGCUGGAGCCCUUACUGCAUGCCAUUGCUAAGGACCACAAAACGGUGGUGUGCCCUCUGAUGGAUGUCAUUGAUGAAACAACACUGAAUUAUAUAGCGGCACCCAUUGUAAGGGGAGCUUUUGACUGGAACCUGGGCUUUAGAUGGGACAGUGUUUUCUCAUAUGAGCUGGACGGCCCAGAAGAACGAAGUAAACCCAUCCGGUCACCUGCAAUGGCAGGACAAAUUUUUGCGAUAGACAGACAUUAUUUUAAUGAACUUGGACAGUAUGACAAGGACAUGGAUCUUUGGGGAGGAGAAAAUGUGGAACUUUCACUAAGAAUUUGGAUGUGUGGAGGCCAACUCUUUAUAAUUCCUUGCUCUCGGGUUGGACAUGUCACCAAGACACAUAGUUCCAAUGACCCUGCAUUCAAGAAAGCCUUGUCACGGAACUUACUGCGAGUGGUUCACACCUGGCUGGAUGGAUACAAGGAUAAUUUUUUUCUUCAAAGACCUCAUUUAAAAUACGUAUCCUGUGGAAACAUUAGCGAGCGUGUUGAAUUAAGGAAACGACUAGGUUGCAAGUCAUUCCAGUGGUAUUUGGAUAAUAUCUUUCCAGAGUUGGAGCCAAUUGUACACAACGAUGAAGAAAAAAAAUCAUUUAUUUAAUAAAGGGUGAAAAAGUCCCCUAAUUCUUCAACAUAUUGGCACCAGAGGACAAAUUUGGGACACCAUGGCAUUAUGUGAAAUGCAAUGAUAAAUACAAUCAACAUGGCCAACCUCUCAGGAGUGCCUUUCUCCACCUGUAGUGACAAGUCUUCCUUUGUUGCUCAUCUGCCACUGAAGUUCUGGGGAUAAGGACCUUGACAUUAGAAAUGUGAGCUCUCUCACGGCUCAGCUGCCGGUAUACGAUUGACCCAGAUAAAGUAUAUUGGUUGUGAUUAUUUGACCAAUUCACUUGGCAGGGAUGGUCCGCAGGAGCCUGCUCUGCUCCUGCUCUGCUCCUGCUCGAGCCUUCACUGGUCUGAUGGGCUGACACGAUUGCCUUUGGAAAGUGUUCACAAAGAGCCAUGACUGGUGUCUACAGUGGCGGAGUCAGGUCAAGCUCCGUUCUUGCAGCCAGUGUACGAGUCUGGGGCUGCCUCCUGGCUUGGUUGGGUUCCUAAGAGUCUGAUGUCCAAGUCACCUCGGCUGAAGUUCUCCAUAUGUUCCUGAUGGCCUUUCCGUCCUGGGCCACUCCUUUUCUGCUGCUUUGUAUUUUCAUGUCUGCGCCCUCUGUCCUCUGUUCUGUGAGUCACAGCUUUCAGGAUGCUUCUUGAAUUAUGCCUUGUUGUUAAGCUCUAAGCAACUCUCAAUUGUGUAGCUAGGGCUGGGACAGAACAGCUGGCUCCCUACCUGCCAUGCCCAGAGACUCCUUAAUGCCUAAAGUACUUCGUUGGGGUUUGAGGGAUGCUGUAAGGCUCACCCUGUUGAGGGUGAGUUUAAGAAGGUCAAGGAGGAGUAAUCCACAAAAU